AUGGCAGAAGUAUUAACCCUUGUAUCACCAGAUGAAUUAAUCCACAAAAUUAAUCAUGAUGAUUCAUUAAUUUGGUAUCAAGGAUUUGUUUCAUUAAUUCUGUAUUUAUUUAAGAAGAGUAAUAGUGAAACUGAUUCUAAUCAUCCCAUUGUAAUAAUCUUAUCAUCUACCACUGAAGAUGAUUUUAAGUCUUUAAAAUCUUUAAGUGAUUCAAAUAAAGAAUUAUUAUUGAAAUAUUUCUUUAGUCAUUUAAAUAUAAUUGUUAUAUUUGAAUCUAAUCUUAAUGAAUCUACUAUAAAUCAUAUAAAUUCAUUAAUUUUUAAAGUUAAAACCAUAUUAACUAAUAGAAUAUCUCGAGUUCAAACUUGGACUGGUACUGGAGAAAAUACAAUUAUUGAUGAUAAUUAUCAACAAGAAGAAAUUUCAGGAAUAAUAUCUACUAUGGCAUUAUUACUUAAUAAUAAUAUUAAUAAAUCCAUUGUUACUAUUGACUUAUUAAUUAAUUUAAAGAAUCUUAUUAUUAAAGAAAUUGAUUUUAAAAGUUUAUUAACUAGAAGUGAUAGUAAUCAUCUUAUUCAAUUAAAUGAUGCUGUAAAAAAUUGGUCAUUCCCGGCUCAUGAAUUAUCUAAUGAUGAUCUUAUUUAUUGUGUAUUUAUUAUGAUUAAAUAUGCUUUAACUCAAGUAGAAAAGAAUCAUGGUCAAUCUUCACUUUAUAUUCCUAAUAAUAAUGAAUUAUUAGGAUUUGUAUUUAUGGUUAGAGAUACUUAUAAAAAUGGGAAUCCAUUCCAUAAUUUUAGACAUGCAGUUGAUGUAUUACAAGCAUGUUUUCAUUUUUUAAUUCGAUUAAAUUGUUUACCAUUAUUUAAUUCAAAUCAAAGUGAAGAAUUAAUUCCUAUUAUUCCUAAACCAAUUAAAUGUUCAAAAUCAUCUCCAUUACAUUCACCAAAUCAUCUUAAUCAUCUUCAAACUCUUGGAUUAUUAAUUGCCGCUUUAGGACAUGAUGUAGGACAUCCUGGAGUUACUAAUGCAUUUAUGAUUAAAAGUUUGGCACCUACAUCAUUAUUAUAUAAUGAAAGAUCAGUUCUUGAAUCAUUUCAUUCAUCAGUAUUCAUUAAUAAAAUUCUUAGUAUUAAUUGGCCAUCUUUAUUAUCAGUUUAUACUGAAUCAGAUCGUCAAGAAUUAUCCUUACGAGAAAUUAUAAUUUCAUCAAUUUUAGCCACUGAUAUGGCUGAACAUUUUGAAUAUAUUGAAAGAUUAAAAAACUUGAAAUAUAAUGAUUUUAUUAAACAUAAUAAUCGAGUUAAAUUAAUUUGUUCAUUAUUAAUUAAAUGUGCGGAUAUUUCUAAUGUUACAAGACCAUUGAGAGUUUCUUCACAAUGGGCUAUGGUAUUAGCUCGAGAAUUUGAUGAAGUUAGUAUAUUAGAAAGAAAGAUUUCUAAAGAUUCUACUCUUAAUUUAGAUUUAUCACAAGAUUUAUCUUAUAGUAAAGUUCCACCAGAUUUACAAGAUAUAUUAAUUCAAAGUCCUCAAUUACAUAAGGGACAAAUCUUUUUUAUUAAUACAUUUGCUGAAAAUUUAUUUAAUAAUAUAGCGGAAUUAUUACCCGAAUUAAGAUUUACUUGUGAUAUAAUUAAAGAGAAUAAAGAGUUUUGGAUUAAUAGAAAGUAAAUUUCAUUUUGCAUAUAGAUUUAUUCUGUUUAAUCAUUGUUUAUAGAGUGUAUUAUGUCAUACACAUGUUAGCUAUAUCUGUCUGUAUCUAUGAAUUACUGCUACUUAAUAAUAAUAAUAUAAAUUGUACUUAACACCGAAUGCUCCUAGUUUGGCUGUAUACACUCCAAUGAACCCUCUUACUCUUACUGUAAUCUUCUACUACAUUGUCCUCAAACUACACUAUAAAAACAAUACUAGUUCAAUUGCUAAUUUUCUUUUAUAGUCACUUAGUUCUCCUCUUUUCUACUUUUAUCUUCUCCACUUAACUCCACUUCCACUUCAUUAUAGUCCAUCUCAUGGAUUGUCUUCCCAUCUCGGGUCUUCCAUCCAUACCGCAAUACUUCACUCAGAGACAUGCUCUUCGCUCCUGCACACAGCCCCUCCAACGAAAAAUUCAGAAAACGUUGAUGGAACUCACAAAUUUUUUAAACCACUAUACAAGUUCU